AUGAGGAUUUCUUCCCGACGCUGGGUUUUGUUGAUAUUUUGGGGCUUGUGGAGACUGUCCUUGGCUGCUUUCCCCAGCAGUGUCCAGAUCGGCGGCCUGUUUAUCCGAAACACGGAUCAGGAGUAUACUGCCUUUCGUUUGGCCAUCUUUCUGCACAACACCAGCCCCAAUGCCUCGGAAGCGCCCUUCAACCUGGUGCCUCAUGUGGACAACAUCGAGACGGCCAACAGCUUCGCCGUCACCAAUGCCUUUUGCUCCCAGUACUCCCGAGGUGUCUUUGCCAUCUUCGGCCUCUACGACAAGCGCUCGGUGCACACGUUGACAUCCUUCUGCAGCGCCCUGCACAUCUCCCUCAUCACACCCAGUUUUCCCACCGAGGGCGAAAGCCAGUUCACCCUACAACUACGGCCGUCCAUCCGUGGGGCCAUCUUGUCCCUGCUGGACCAUUACGAUUGGAACAAGUUCGUCUUUCUCUACGACACCGAUCGGGGAUAUGCCAUCCUGCAGGCCAUCAUGGAGAGGGCGGGGCAGAACAACUGGCAAGUGAGCGCCAUCUGCGUAGAGAAUUUCAACGAUGCCAAUUACCGACGGCUCCUGGAAGACCUGGACCGGAGGCAGGAAAAGAAGUUUGUCAUCGACCUCGAGGCCGAGAGGCUGCAGAACAUGCUGGAACAGAUCGUCAGCGUGGGAAAACACGUCAAAGGUUACCACUACAUUAUGGCCAACCUGGGUUUCAAGGACAUCAAUCUAGAGCGCUUCAUGCAUGGCGGCGCCAAUGUGACAGGCUUCCAGCUGGUGGACUUCAGCAAUCCUUUGGUCAUCAAACUGAUGCAGCGCUGGAACAAGCUGGAUCAGAGAGAGUACCCGGGCUCUGACACGCCACCCAAGUACACUUCGGCGUUAACAUACGACGGAGUGAUGGUGAUGGCCGAGGCUUUCAGGAACCUACGCCGGCAAAAAGUGGACAUUUCCAGACGAGGGAAUGCCGGCGACUGCCUGGCCAACCCGGCCGCCCCCUGGAACCAAGGCAUCGACAUGGAGCGUAAUCUCAAACAGGUGCGGCUGCAGGGAUUAACAGGUAAUGUCCAGUUUGACCACUAUGGCCGCAGGGUCAACUACACAAUGGACGUGUUUGAGCUGAAGAAUAAUGGACCUAGACGGAUCGGGUACUGGAACGAUGCUGACAAACUGGUGCUGAUCCAAGACUCUCCGCUCCUUCCCAAUGACACGACCGGCAUGGAAAACCGCACUGUGGUGGUCACCACCAUCAUGGAGGGUCCUUACGUGAUGCUCAAGAAGAACUGGGAGAUGUACGAAGGCAACGACCAGUACGAAGGCUACUGUGUGGACCUGGCGUCCGAGAUCGCCAAACACAUCGGCAUCAAGUACAAGAUAUCCAUCGUGCCCGACGGAAAGUACGGCGCCCGGGACCCGGAGACGAAGAUCUGGAACGGCAUGGUCGGGGAGCUGGUGUACGGGAAAGCGGAAAUCGCUGUGGCCCCUUUGACAAUCACGUUGGUCCGGGAGGAGGUGAUUGACUUUUCCAAGCCCUUUAUGUCACUGGGCAUUUCCAUAAUGAUCAAAAAGCCCCAAAAAUCCAAACCGGGGGUGUUCUCCUUCCUGGACCCGUUGGCCUACGAGAUCUGGAUGUGCAUCGUGUUCGCCUACAUCGGCGUGAGCGUGGUGCUCUUCCUGGUCAGCCGCUUCAGCCCGUACGAGUGGCACACCGAGGAGCCCGAAGAGGGCACCGACGGUCCGCCAAGUGACCAGCCCCCCAAUGAGUUUGGCAUCUUCAACUCCCUCUGGUUCUCCCUGGGCGCCUUCAUGCAGCAGGGCUGUGACAUCUCGCCCAGGUCGUUAUCCGGUCGUAUUGUGGGCGGGGUGUGGUGGUUCUUCACACUUAUCAUCAUCUCGUCCUACACGGCCAACCUGGCCGCCUUCCUCACGGUGGAGAGGAUGGUUUCACCCAUCGAGAGCGCAGAGGACCUGGCUAAGCAGACGGACAUCGCCUAUGGCACUUUGGACUCCGGGUCCACCAAGGAGUUUUUCAGGCGCUCCAAGAUUGCCGUCUACGAGAAAAUGUGGGGCUACAUGAGGUCGGCCGAGCCCACCGUAUUCACCAAGACCACAGCGGAGGGCGUGGCACGCGUGCGCAAGUCCAAGGGGAAGUAUGCCUUCCUGCUGGAGUCCACCAUGAACGAGUACACGGAGCAGCGCAAGCCCUGUGACACCAUGAAAGUGGGCGGGAACCUGGACUCAAAAGGCUACGGUGUAGCCACACCCAAGGGUUCACAGUUAAGAAGCGCUGUUAACCUGGCCGUGUUAAAGCUCAAUGAGCAGGGCCUCUUGGACAAAUUGAAAAACAAGUGGUGGUACGACAAAGGAGAGUGUGGCAGCGGCGGCGGUGGCGAGAAGGACAAGUCAUCGCAGGCCCUCAGCCUAAGCAACGUGGCAGGGGUCUUCUACAUCCUGGUUGGGGGCCUAGGCCUAGCAAUGCUGGUGGCCCUCAUCGAGUUCUGCUACAAGUCCCGCAACGAGGCCAAGAGAAUGAAGCUCACGUUUACUGAAGCCAUGAGGAACAAGGCCCGCCUGUCCAUCACGGGAAGCGUGGGCGAGAACGGCCGCGUGUUGACGCCCGACUGCCCCAAGGCCGUCCACGCCGGGCCGCCCCUCCGCCAGAGCUCGGGCCUGGCCCUGGUCUCCUCGGAGCUCCCGUGA